AUGUCUACCGAUUAUAACAGUGGUGACAAAAACAGUACACCUGUCAACAUGUCUACAUAUUAUUACAGUAGUGACAACAAAAGUACACCUGUCAACAUAUCUACAGAUUAUAACAGUGGGGACAGCAACCGUACAUCUGUCAACAUGUCUACAGAUUAUAACAGUGGGGACAGCAUCAGUACACCUGUCAACAUGUCUACAGAUUAUAACAGUGGGGACAACAACAGUACACCUGUCAACAUAUAUACAGAAUAUAACAGUGGUGACAACAACAGUACAUCUGUCAACAUGUCUACAGAAUAUAACAAUUUGGACAACAAAAGUACACCUGCCAUCAUGUCUACAGAUUAUAACAGUGUGGAUAGCAACCGUACACCUGUCAACAUGUUUACAGAAUAUAACAGUAGGGACACCAACAGUACACCUGUCAACAUAUAUACAGAAUAUAACAGUGGUGACAACAACAGUACAUUUGUCAACAUGUCUACAGAUUAUAACAGUGGUGACAACAACAGUACAACUGCCACCAUGUCUACAGAAUAUAACAGUGGUGACAACAACAGUACAACUGUCAACAUGUCUAGAGAAUAUAACAAUGGGGACAACAAAAGUACACCUGUCAUCAUGUCUACAGAUUAUAACAGUGUGGAUAGCAACCGUACACCUGUCAACAUGUUUACAGAAUAUAACAAUGGGGACAACAAAAGUACACCUGUCAACAUAUCUACAGAUUAUAACAGUAGGGACAGCAACAGUACAUCUAUCAACAUGUCUACAGAUUAUAACAGUGGUGACAAAAACAGUACACCUGUCAAUAUGUCUACCGAUUAUAACAGUAGGGACAACAAAAGUACACCUGUCAACAUAUAUACAUAUUAUAACAGUGGUGACAAAAACAGUACACCUGUCAAUAUGUCUACCGAUUAUAACAGUAGGGACAACAAAAGUACCCAUGUCAACAUAUCUACAGAAUAUAACAGUGGGGACGACAAAAGUACUCCUGUCAACAUUUCUACAUAUUAUAAAAGUGGGGACAACAACAGUACACCUGUCAACAUGUCUACAGAUUAUAACAGUGUGGUCAGCAACAGUACACCUGUCAACAUGUCUACAUGUUAUAACAAUAAAGACAGCAACAGUACACCUGUCAACAUGUCUACAGAUUAUAACAGUGGGGUCAGCAACAGUACACCUGUCAACAUGUCUACAGAUUAUAACAGUGGGCUGACGAUGGAAAACAAUAUUGAACUCGCGUCCUACCGCGCCUCGAACUCUCGAUCUACGGCGCCAAAUCACCUUGACAAGAAAUUCAACAACUCCUUAACCAACCAUAACCACUACUUUCCCCUAUCUGUCAACAUGUCAGCUUGUCCAAACAGUGAGGACAACAACAGUUCGCUUGUCAAUAUGUCUACAAAUUAUAACAUUGUGGACAGCAAAAGCACACCUGUCGACAUGUCUUCAGAUUGUAGUGGCGAUAACUGCAGCACACCUGUCGACAUGUCUUCGGAUUUUAGUGGCGAUAACUGCAACACACCUGUCGACAUGUCUUCGGAUUAUAGUGGCGAUAACUGA